AUCAUUUCGUCGUCUUCCAAACCUUCUUGUAAUUUGAAAAAGUCUCUUACCAGAGUAUAAUUCGCAACUUCUCAGCGUAUUUCCGAGCCGUUUGCAUUGGGUUUGGAUUGGAUUGUUUACUCUCUCCUCUCUCUCUCUCUCUUUCUCUCCACCCAAAACACUCUGUAGGGUUUCUUUCUCUCUCGCCGCUUCUGUGUUCUGUCUCAGCUUCCACCUUUUCCCCCUUCUCAGCGACCACUUGCUUCGAUCCGACUGUUGAUAAUGGCUAUGGAAGUUACUCAGAUACUUUUGAAUGCACAAUCUGUUGAUAGUUCUGUUCGUAAUCAUGCUGAGGAGAGCCUGAGACAGUUUCAGGAGCAAAACCUUCCUAGUUUUUUGCUAUCUUUAUCUGGAGAACUUUCGAAUGAUGAGAAGCCAGUUGAGAGCCGUAAAUUAGCGGGGUUAAUCUUGAAAAAUGCAUUGGAUGCGAAAGAGCAACAUAGGAAAAUCGAAUUAGUACAGAGAUGGCUGUCGCUUGAUGCUUCUACCAAAUCCCAUAUUAAAUCAUCCUUAUUGAAAACACUCAAUUCUGUUGCUCAAGAAGCCCGUUCUACAGCAUCACAGGUUGUAGCGAAAGUGGCUGCAAUAGAGCUUCCGCACAAACAAUGGCCGGAGCUUAUUGUAACCCUCUUGUCAAACAUUCACCAGCAACCGGCUCAUUCCAAACAGGCCACUCUCGAAACCCUCGGUUACUUAUGUGAAGAAGUCUCUCCAGAAGUUAUUGAUCAAGAACAGGUGAACAAGAUCCUCACGGCCGUUGUUCAAGGGAUGAACUCGGCCGAAACCAACAAUGAAGUCAGACUCGCUGCCACUAGGGCGUUGUAUAAUGCCUUGGGAUUUGCGCAGGCGAACUUUUCAAACGAUAUGGAACGCGAUUAUAUCAUGAGAGUCGUAUGCGAGUCUACCCUCUCGCCGGAAGUUAAGAUUCGUCAGGCUGCCUUCGAGUGCCUUGUUGCGAUUGCCUCGUCGUAUUACGACAAAUUAUCACCUUACAUCUCCGAUAUUUUCAACAUCACCGCGAAAGCGGUGAAGGAAGACGAUGAGCCCGUCGCUCUACAAGCGAUUGAGUUUUGGAGUUCCAUCUGCGACGAAGAGAUCGAUAUCUUGGAAGAAUAUGGUAGCGAAUUCACAGGAGAUUCCGAGAUUCCCUGCUUCUAUUUCGCGAAGAAAGCCCUCCCGGUUCUUGUUCCCAUGUUACUUGAGACUCUACUAAAGCAGGAAGAGGAUCAAGAUCAAGACGAGGGAGCGUGGAAUAUUUCAAUGGCGGGUGGGACUUGUUUGGGUCUGGUUGCGCGUACUGUAAGAGACGAUAUCGUCCCUCUCGUAGUUCCUUUCGUCGAAGAAAACAUAAGCAAACCAGAGUGGCGACAAAGAGAGGCUGCCACUUACGCGUUUGGUUCAAUUCUCGAAGGACCCUCGCCCGAUAAGCUCAUCAGGCUGGUCGAUUCUGCCCUUUCGUUCAUGCUGAACGCUCUCAUAACAGAUCCAAACAACCACGUGAAAGACACGACAGCCUGGACUUUGGGGAGGGUAUUUGAAUUCCUUCACGGAUCAACUGUCGAAACUCCGAUAAUAAACCAAGCGAAUAUCCCACAAAUCAUCAACGUUCUUCUUCAGAGCAUGAAAGACGUGCCUAACGUCGCUGAAAAGGCUUGCGGUGCUCUCUAUUUCCUCGCGCAAGGAUAUGAGGAUAUCGAUUCCCCGUCGUCUCCUUUAACUCAGUAUUUCCAGGAGAUAGUUCAGUCUCUACUCGCAGUCACACGCAGAGAAGAUGCUGGAGAGUCGCGUCUUCGAACAGCUGCUUACGAAGCCUUAAACGAAGUGGUUCGGUCUUCGACCGACGAAACGGGCCCCAUGGUUUUGCAGCUAGUUCCGCUCAUCAUGAUGGAACUCCAUAACACGCUCGAAGGAGGGCUGAAGCUUUCAUCCGACGAACGGGAAAAGCAAAACGAGUUACAGGGGCUUCUCUGUGGAUGCUUGCAGGUUAUGAUACAAAAAUUGGGCUCAUCUGACGUUACGAAAUACGUUUUCUUGCAAUUUGCCGAUCAGAUGAUGGGUUUAUUCUUGAAAGUGUUUGGUUCCAGAAGCGCAACCGCACACGAAGAGGCUAUGCUCGUCAUAGGAGCGCUCGCGUACGCUAUGAGCUCCGAUUUCGCUAAGUACAUGCCAGAGUUCCACAAGUACUUGGAAAUUGGUCUUCAGAAUUUCGAAGACUAUCAGGUUUGCGCAAUCACUGUGGGAGUUGUUGGGGAUGUAUGCAGGGCGAUUGAGGACAAGAUACUUCCGUAUUGUGAUGGGAUAAUGACUCAACUUCUUAAGGACUUGUCGAGCAAUCAGUUGCAUCGAUCUGUGAAGCCUCCCAUAUUCUCGUGCUUUGGUGACAUUGCUUUGGCUAUUGGGGAGAAUUUCGAGAAGUAUUUGAUGUAUGCGAUGCCCAUGCUUCAGGGUGCAGCUGAACUAUCUGUACAUACAUCUGCGGUUGAUGAUGAUAUGAUUGAAUACACUAAUCUUUUAAGAAAUGGGAUUUUGGAGGCGUAUUCAGGUAUCUUUCAAGGUUUCAAAGGCUCACCCAAAACACAGCUAUUAUUAUCAUAUGUUCCCCAUGUCCUCCAAUUCUUGGAUAACCUAUACAUGGAGAAAGACAUGGAUGAGGUUGUGAGUAAGACGGCAAUUGGUGUCCUGGGAGACCUAGCAGACACAUUGGGUCCAAAUGCAGGACCUCUGAUUCAGCAAUCGGUGUCAUGCAAAGAAUUCUUGAACGAGUGUUUGUCGUCUGACGAUCAUUUGGUUAAGGAAUCUGCUGAGUGGGCUAAGUUGGCUAUAGGUAAGGCUAUUAGCUUUUGAGAUCACUUUCUUGGCUGCUGUAUAUUCUGUAAGUCCUUGCAUGCAUUUGGGUGUCCUGGUUUUGCAUACCAUGAGUCUGGUCGUCGGGUCGGGUCAAUCACCAUUUUCGGAGGAAGGUUUUGUCAGGUUUCAUGUCCAACUUUAAUAUCUUGUUGAAGCUGAGGAGAAAGAGUGAGAUAAGAUGUGGUUAAUUUUUGCUCUCAAUCUCUUCAAUAGUCAUCACAGUUCUUGCGAGUUCUGACAAUGAGACGGGGAAGAUUCGUCUGUUCUAGCCUCCAUUUUGGGUAUAUGUUUCCUUAUUUGUUUUUUUUUGGGUUUUUUUGCCCGGUUGCAGAAAUGCAGUGUCGAAAUUGUUGCAUACAUUUGUUAUUUAUUGACGUUAGCGGCGAUAUAUUGGUCUGGUUUUUUCUUUGUUCAUCAUAUGUAUUAUUGCUGCAACAUACAUAUGCUUUGGUCAAGUGGAUUUGUUGACACCCACAUAGUUAUAUUUAUUGCAUACAUACUCUGUUGUUGCAAAAUACAUUACAAGUUUUGUUUAUUAAAGUCAUGCAUUUGGUCA